GCACUGCAAACUCUUUCUUGCAGAGGUCACACUGGGUCAUCGGCGACUGCAAAUCUCUGAAGUUUUCUCAAGAAAACAACAAAUUUUCAGACGUUGCGGCCACAAAUCUGAAAUUAUUAAAAGUACACUUCACUUUACUUCAAAUACUUGCAUGAGGCUUGUUGCUACUUCUUGGAGUAAUUUGCUUGUGCAUGAGAUGAACAAUGUUGAGUUCUAAGGAAGCACAGAAGAUAGUCGACCAAGUGGAUCUUCCAGAUGAUCCACAAGGACAGAUUUCCAGACUACCCAAGUCUGAAAGACAGGCCCUCAUCAGGUUAAAAGUUGUCAGUGAUGAUGCCCUUGUGGCGGCAGCAGUGGAGAUCCAGAGAGUGUGGAGGGGACAUUUUGUCAGGUGUAAGUACUUUGCGAUCACCCACCCUGAUGAGAGUAGGAAGUGUGAGUACCAGGGCAGCAGGUUCCAGCACAGUGAGCAGGGGCUCAGGGACGUCAGGACACCUCCACAGCCGGACGUACCCAAAAGGGAUAAAUCAUUGCAGAGGAUGAAGUUGGAAACAGCGUAUAAAAACUACGUGGAAGAGAUGGUGAGACAAGGGAGGAACCUGGACAGAGCUGAGAUCUUCUCGUUCAAUGACUUCUGUGCAUCAGAGAUCCAGAAGGCAUGGCGGAGGUCCAAUAAGGGUCGUGUCAUCAGUAAGCCUCUCAGCGCCAUGUCCAGCGGGAUGUCCUUCCUGAAGGACGAGGGGAAAACUGAACCAAUCAGCGAGAGGAAAGCUGCCAUGAAGAUUCAGCGGGCCUGGAGAAGACACAUUGAUGUCCAGGUGUACAGAUAUUACAGAGACCUCAUUAACUUCAAGGGGAAGGGAGACCCGUCCAUGAUGCUCAGAUGUAUCAACCCCAACGAGGCCAAACUCCUAGACUCAGCUAUGGGGGCUCAUGUCAAGUUUAGGCUGGCUGGGGACAGAUUCCCACCCAACAUCUACUACAAGAUCUUCACCCAUCGUACCAUUAUCGAUCUGUGUGCCAACAGUCCCAAGGACUACACUAAAGCUGCCAUCCUGCGAGUAGAGGCCAAACAGAGACACAACAGGACAGUACACAAGCCUUUGGUGGAUGACAAGACUGGCUGGUAUGAGAGAAUAGAGAACAAUGGGUGGAGACUGGUGUCAGACAGAUUACUACAGAAUGCCCAGCAGGACAUAAUUACAUGGGAGUCAUCCAGGAAGAAAGUGGAGUUUCACCACAACAAGCUGAGGAGAAAACAAGAUGUGGAGAAGAAGAGAAAGAAGAAAAAAGUGGAAUGGAUGAUGAAAAUGUAUAAGGAAGGCAUGUUGCGCUCCAAGUCGACAGACUCCCACACGUCAACGCUGAUUCAGGACGCUGCCAACGGGAUUGUACGCGUGGCGCAGGAGAAGGGACCCGACUCCAUCCAGGACUGGGAGGUCGACGAACUCUUGGACUGGACCAAUGGGCUGAACUUUGAUGAGUAUAUGGACACAUGGAAGGAGAUUGGAACAAGUGCUGCAUCAGAGAGACAGAUAAAUAUCAUCUCAGCAGACCCUGCAGCCUUCGCGCUCUCGUCUGUAGCACACCUCAUAGAUACGCCGAAGGGCUCCCGUGUGUCCGGCGCACAGAGUAAGCACCAGUCCCCCCACCCAGGGGGUAUGGACUCCCACCCCCCCUCCAGACCCACCCCUGGCACACCUGAACCUGAGGCAUACUGAACACCAGCCCCCCUACUCCCACCCAGGGUGU